AUGAUGACUGAAUCAUUCGUAACCCCGGAACAAAUACAGCUCCCACCCAGCCCGGCUCGUUCUCCGCUGCCAGUGGGAAGCACACCCUUGUCCAAAGCAAAUUCCCAAAACGAGGAUCUCCUUUCUGUGCCUCCUCUGUUUACCACCCCUUUGCCGCCGGUCCGAAACCGCUCGCCGCUGUCACGAACUCAUGCACGAUCUCGUUCUCUCGCAAGCCCCUUUCCGAUGCAGAUGACUAGAGCCCAUUCGUCGCCUGGACUAGAUUCUCGCGGUCGCUAUGUUUAUCCACCAAGCUUUGCUAGACCUCCGAGCCCUCUGGAGCAAUCAAUGCGAAGACAUAGUCCGUUGCGUGCUGCGGAUGACAUGCGAAUUUUGAGCCUAAGCUCAUUGAAUAUUUCAGAGACCAUUUCCGAACACGCAGAACUCGAGCUACCGGAGGCUACACCAUCACCAUCGACGGAAUCGCAACCGACCUACUCGCCAUUUUCUCCUUCGACGCAUACUCCAGUUUCUCGGCCUGGUCGACGACCUUCCACGUCAUCACUACACAGCAACCUCUCAAGCAUCACGACGAACACUACCAGCAGCCCAGGCUCUGUUCAUUCCUCUCCAAUCAUGGUGGCGACGAAGUUCAACGAGUCAUACCCCGGACUUUCCAUAUCUUCUACCUCCUCGAUGCCGUCCACGCCGACCAGUCUUCGCUCACGCAGUCCGAGCAUAUCUUCUCUAGAGACGAUCCCCGAUAUCCCAGAUGCGGAAGCAGACGCCGAAGCCGAAGCGCUCGAGUUGGAAGAAAUGACUCGAUUGAAACUAGCUGCCGAAGCGACCGAUGCAGAUGGCCUACGACGCCGACCUACCGCAGAGAACUCUCCGUCUGGAAACGCGAGAGGCUACGGGUCGUCGAGAAAUGACAAACGGAAGCGUUGGAGUGUCUGUGGAGCAGAGCGACGGCAAGACCUGGACCUGGAGACUAUCUGGGAAGAUUAG